AAGUUCCAGCUCUGCAAAAAGCAAUACUAUCAGCUCUUUUUUACUAAAUACUAGCAGUUCUUUUUCAAGCUUUUAUUCAAAAAAUACCAGCUUUUCUUUAAAAUACACUACUAGCUCUUCUUCUUUAAAAUAUACCACUAGCUCUUCUUUUUCAAAAUGCACUACCAGUUCUUUUUCUUCAAAAUAUACUACCAAUUCUUCUUCUUCAAAAUAUACCACCAGCUAUUCAAAAAGUACUAUCAGCUCUUUAGAAUUGCCAGUUGUAACAGCACUAGAAAAAUUUUACCAUAUUUACAAUUUACAAGUUAUAACUAGUUGUGACUUUUUUAUUUAG